AUGUUCAACAUAUACAUUAAAAAAGCAGCAAGUAUGUAUGGUUUAACGCAUACACGACCAAUAUUUCAACACGCUGUUGAAGUGUUACCCGAGGAUCGAUCGAGAGAGAUGAGUAUGCGUUUCGCGCAGAUGGAGCGCUCACUUGGCGAAAUUGAUCGUGCCCGGGCAAUCUACGCGCAUUGUUCUGAAAUUUGCGAUCCGAGGGUUCACACACAAUUCUGGGAUAUUUGGAAAGAAUUCGAGGUGAAGCACGGAAAUGAGGAUACGGUUAGGGAGAUGUUACGUAUAAAACGUUCCGUUCAAGCCACCUACAAUACGAGUGUGAACGUGAUGAGUGCUCAGAUGCUUGCGACUGCAUCAGGUUGGUGUAGAUUUCGUGAAUGUGUUAGGUUAUUUGGGCUUUGCAUGAGUUCAGUUGUUCUUUGA